UGCAAAUAUUUUAUUGUAAAUUACUGAAGCGGCCUUUCGGAGAUUGAGAAGGUUAAACUUCCGAAAGAUUAUUGUCUAAUAUAAGAUCAGAGAUGGCCCAGAUAGAGGAUAUGAAACCGCCACUGGCUCCUGUAGCAUAUUUUGAUGGUAGAUUCCCUAAUAUAAACCAGGAAAGAACAUGUUACCAGGCCUUUAAAGACUUUAUUAUCUGUGAGAGGAUGAAAGGUGAAGGUUAUCCUGGCUGCAGAUACUUCAGGGAUGUCUACAACUCUGUUUGUCCAAAUCAUAUAAUUGAGAAAAGGAAGGAUGAAAUAGAUAAAUUAGCAUUCCCAGAAUAACUGGUACCAAUAGACCACACUGUGUGAAUGGAGUGAUCAUAGACAAUAUCCAUGUUGAUAUAUAAGAAUGUAUUGAUAAAUAAAAAUUUGUCAUGUU